AUGAUUCUGCUGUUUGAACAAAGUCACCAUGCUGGAUUUUCAGGUUUUGAUCAUCCAGCGGACGCAUACGGUGCUGACAUUCCUUUUCAGGCAGCCAUCGUCCGCCGGGAGUCGUCCGACUGUUUCAUCAGCCUUGUCAACGAUGGUUGUAUCCUGUUGUAUCCUAAGCACGGCUUGGAGCAAUUGUUGCAGCUUGUUCUUAGCCUUGCAACCCUCUGCAUCAAAGGAUGGUUUGGUACUGGUGAAAAAUUGCACGUAAUCAGUCAAAUGAUCCACAACGACCUGGCAUUGUGGCCAACUUAUUUCAACGCUUCUUCUGUAUUACGAAGAGCCAUGGCACCUUUGGAUCAUACGUGA